GAUGUUAUGGUCACUCCGGUCAUCUCCUUUGGCAACUUUCCAAUGUGUCUCAGUAACUACUAAUUUUUUACUUGGUUUUCUAUAUGUUAUCAAUAUAAGAAUUAAGAAAAAUAACUUUUAUUUGGUGAAAAAAACAAAGAAAAGUUCCAAAAAGCGAAAUAUCCUCGGAAGGACUGAGCGGCUUGAUCCAAUCAAACUUGCGGUUUGUUUUGAUACAUUUUAUAUCCGGGCACCUGCUCGAUAUGUGCCAAGAAGGGUAGCCAUUUUGUAGAAAACGAGGACAGAUUGUUCGACCUUGCCAGCUUUGGUUCAUCACGAUUGUAUCAAACACAGGAUUUACAUAGCAAUUAUUUAUACGCAAGGAGUGACAGAAUUCGAGCACCAGUAUGGUGACUGUUUUUUAGCAGGAACAUGUGCGUUCGACUAAGCGUCAGGACUGAAAUAUCAUCAUGCGUUCACCCAAGUAUGGUUAUCAAUCGACGAGAUUGUUUCAUUCAAACAUGUUGAUCAAACUUAUAACUGUCGGCGUGGUGAUGCUGUUUGCCUUUGACAUGGCAACAGCAACCACGUGUGAAUAUUAUGACUCCCAAGUAGAGAGCUUUAACACCACAGAGCACUGCGAGACUCCUGACACGGGGAAGAGGGUCCACUGCUAUGCCUCGUGGAAGAACACCUCCCUGGAGUUCAAACUUUUGAAGAAGGGCUGCUGGUUGGACUACAGCGACUGCUAUGGCAAGGAACAGUGCAUUGAGAAUAAAGAUAAACCAGACAAGGAUGUUUUCUUCUGCUGUUGUGACAGGGACAUGUGUAAUACUAAUAUCAGCCAUGUUCCUUUACCUACCACACCAAAACCAACAGGGUCUCCAGUGGUUUCCAUUGCCCCAGUGUACCAGAAUCAGCAGCUGAUUAAAACCUUGAUCUUUUCCCUCGUUCCUCUUCUUGCCAUAACCAUCGUGGUCGUCAUCACCUUCUUCCUGUGGAGGCGCCACAAGCAGAUAAUGUAUCACCAACAGAUCCCCACGGACGAGCCUCUGCAGGAACCUCCGUCGCCUCUUAUGAGCCUGCGACCAUUACAGCUACUUGAGCUGAAAGCUAGGGGGCGCUUCGGCACUGUUUGGAAGGCCCAGUUAUUGAAUGAGUUUGUGGCAGUGAAAAUCUUCCCUAUACAAGACAAACAGUCCUGGAUGAGGGAACAGGAAGUGUAUAGUUUACCAUUGAUGAAACACGAGAAUAUUCUCAAGUUCACAGCCGCGGAGAAAAGAGGAGAUAAUCUCAACACUGAACUGUGGCUGAUCACAGAGUUUCACGAGCUUGGCUCGUUGUGCGACUACCUUAAAGGGAACCUCAUUGCAUGGAAUGACAUGCUAAAGAUGGCAGAGACAAUGGCCAGAGGCCUUGCAUAUUUACACGAGGACAUCCCCGGGGUGAAGGGGAGCGAUGGGAAACCAGCCGUGGCACAUAGGGACUUUAAAAGCAAAAAUGUGCUCAUGAAGAAAGACAUGUCUUGUUGCAUCGCAGAUUUUGGGCUAGCAAUGAAGUUCGACCCAGGUAGCAGCCCAGGGGAGACACAUGGACAGGUUGGGACACGCAGAUACAUGGCUCCCGAGGUACUGGAGGGCGCUAUUAACUUUAACAGAGACGCCUUUAUGCGUAUUGACAUGUACGCAUGUGGCUUAGUAUUGUGGGAAAUCGUGUCAAGGUGUUCAGCAGCAGAUGGCCCUGUAGAGGACUACCAGCUCCCCUUUGAAGAUGAGGUCGGUCAGCAUCCCACUUUGGAGGAUAUGCAGGAUGCUGUGGUCCACAAGAAAGUCAGGCCAGCAUUUAAAGAACACUGGUUAAAACAUGGAGGUUUGCAGGCAUUCUGUGACACCAUCGAGGAAUGCUGGGACCAGGAUGCAGAGGCACGUUUGUCAGCUGGUUGUGUCGAGGAGCGCAUUUCACAACUUGUUCGCCUCACAGCCGCCAGCACCCCCCUACCUCAGACUGCCGUCAUCACCUCGAGUAAUAAUAAUCCAGAAGUGACACAAAAAGAAUCUAGCAUCUGAGCUGUGCAAAACACACACAUAUGGACCUCUGAAAAUAAGCAACAGUAUUGCAGGACACUGAGAAUUAUGACGUAUGUGGGGUUGGUGUAUGACCAUGGCAUUGCCAUGACAACUGUUGCCAUGGAGUUGCUAUGGAGCAAGAAACCGGUGAACCCAUACCUCAGAUAUGUACAGUAAUGGCGCUGUGUAAAAAGUCACCAACUGAUUUAUGAUGUUCACUUGCCUUAUAUAUAGUAAUAUAUAUAUAUAGAAAGAAACAUAGAUAUAGUGAUAUAUAUAUAGGUUGCAUUAGUUGUACUUAUGUCUAGAUUCUUGGAUGAUGAGAUUACAGGGAACUGACUUGUACAUAGCUCUCCCUUCAAAGACGGUGGUCCUCCUGUGUGUAAACAUGAAGGCAAUGUGACCCUGUGACCUAGCAGCACUUAGGGACUUCUGUGUUUCCACAGACUAUGUAUCCCUGCACCUUAUGGCCGAGAAAUGGGGGAGGGGGGGGGGGGGUAAAUGAAACGGGGAGUUUUUUAAAAAGAGAGAGUUGAGUGUCAUGUUGAGAGACUUGGUCAAGAUCUGAUGUUGCCUAUGACAAAAUGCCAGCUGAGGGGGGUAUUGGCUGAGAUAAUAUUAUAGCCAAGUGCCCUUGAUGGAAUGUGAAGUGGUAAAGAAGAGACCUAUGAAACUCUUUCCACAGUCUCACUAUCUACUGCCUUGGAACAAUGCUGCAGCAUAAGCAGCACUAUAUAUUAUGUGGAUGCAAGUGAAGGAGUGGACAUGCUAGGCAAAAUGGCUAUCACUGGGCACAUAUGACCAGUAGAAGUGCAAUUCUGUAAGCUGGCUUGUGAUCUGUUCAAUUUUACUAACUGUAAGUGAGGGGAAAAAGAAUGGAUAUUUUCACAGAAGUCUACAACAAAGAAAAUAGGGUUAAAUAAUAGAAAUGCCAACUAAAAGCAUUUAAGUUGGCCUGAGGCAGAAGUAGGUCUAGCAGGCUUGGUGAAUGAUUAUGGUUCAAAACGGGAUAAACUGGUGUAUAUCUGGGUUUGAGUUAAGAGGAAUCGGGUGAUAUCAUCUAGCAGUCUCCUCCAUACUGUAAUCACACACACACACAAUCAAGUUAUGAAAAGUGUGCUGCUGGAAAGCAGUUUCUGUUUCAGACUUGGGUGUAAAAAAGGCCAUCAUUUUAGUGGCGUGGAAGUCUGAAUUUCCUCAGGUAAUUAUUCACAAACUCAAAAUAACAUUUUACCUUUGAAUUUUCUCUUAUUCCAACAUGAAUUGUUUUUUAGUUACAGAACGGGAAACAUUUUUCAAAGUUGCAUCCAGCUCCUUGUUUUAAGUUUUUGAAUGGUACCUUUUGAGAGCGCAAACAAAAUAUUAUUUUGGAAAGUAACAGGUGUCAGUUUCAUUCAGUCUUUGUGAGUAAUUGCCAAACAUUUUAACACUUUUGACCUCUUACCUGUUGCUUCCGAAGCAACUUAUUAUAUGUAUAUUUUAUUUUUUGGUGGACAUGCAGACCCUCCCUGUGUUGGUUAUUCAUUCGGUCCCAUUUUAUGUGAAAAGUUUAACCUGGUGUAUAAAAUAUUAGCAAUUGAAGAUGUUACAAGCUGGUUUUCUUAGAAUACUGCUGGAACUAUUCUCGGUCUUGUACAUUCUGAGCCAGUUAUGUAUCAAGACUGAAGAGCUCCACCUGUAUUCUCAUUAAACCAGCCGAAGUUUACUGUAAUAAAUUUUAAGUCCAGCAGUACAUUGAAAACAACUUAAGUCACCAAUUACCUGUGUUCAGAUGUAUCAAGAUUAUUACGUGUACUGUUUGGCAUAUAACAACAGUAUGUUUUAAGGUUAUUGCAUCAGAUAUGGGUGCACUCGGAUUUCAUAACAUUUUUACCUCGUCAAUUGAUUCAACCUCAAAUGCUUUACCUCCUUGAGAUUGAGAUGUUGAGAUAAAAACUGCAUUCACAGGGAAGUGGUUCUUCUAAUCUGCUCACACAUUGUUUUUAACUGGAAACCACUGGCUCAGCAGUAUUUGUUUCAAGUGUUCGGGGAAUGGUAUAUUUGGGACUUGCUGGCACACUAGAUUGUUUUCGAUGAACAAAAUCCCGGAAAAGAAAUGUAUCUUCUUUUAGACCCAUCCAUUUGAGUAGAAAAAAAAAGUAAACUGUCUGACCUCGGCUCAUCCAUUUUGGAAAAAAAGUAAGAAGCAAUACCAGUUCUUUAUUUAUUGUUUUGUGUUACCUGUGGUGGAAGUAUAUACCACAUUGAACAUGGAUUAGUGUCAUUCUUGAUGCGAGACGGAGGCGUUGUAUAUUGAACAUUCAACAUAGCCUGAAAGAUUUGUAUACUUGCAGGGAUUCUCUUCGUCUUUGUGUUGGCAAAUGCAUUGAAAGUGAUUAAUUUCAGUGACGUUAGUUGCUCGAGGUAUGUGUAGUUUAUUGAUUGACUCAGGUGCGACGUCCGUUUUGUGUGCAAUUAGAAAGGGAAAGUUAAGCUUAGGGAGAUAAGACAGUUGUAUGUUUGCUUGCCUUAUUCGAACAAGAUUGACAGAAUAAUUUCCAAAAUGAUGUUUUGUUUGUAAUACCACAAAUAUAUACUCCACUUUUCUUGAAUAUUGGGGUCUUGUGAGACGGAAUGUUUUUAAAAUUAACAAAAAAAGUUAUAAUUUUGAAACUUGGGAAUAAUUACUGAAGUACAGAAAUGUUAUCUAUCCAUGAAUUGAAAUGAGGGAUGUCUGAUUACCGACAGAUUGUAGAAUGAAUGGAUAAACACAAAGAAAAUAAGAUAGCAAUUUACAGAAAUUGUUGGCAGUUUUCCAGUUAAUGUUCAUUCAUUUUCACUCUGGUUAAAGGACUAUUUUAUGCAACAUUGUUGAAAAGAGGGAUAGAUAGUGGCUAAUUGGAGAGAAUGCAAUUCUUUAUCUCAAAGAUGAAAAUGCUCUUCUGAUGAGUUGAUUGAAAUAUCAAAGUCCUGAGUUUCUGAAAAGGCUUAUUGAAUAAGUGAUUUGUUGUUAUGGAACAUUGGAGCAGUGUUAGUGAAUCAGACAAUGAUGGCUCUGAAAGCUUUCAUAAACUACAAGAAUUAUAUAUUUGACAUUGACAUUCUUAUAAGAAGAUAACAUGGCAUCACAUUGUAUAUAUUGUGGUAUCCCUAAGAACAAGGAAGCAUGCCACCUUGUUGCAGAGAAUGUGGUAAUAGCACUGCAAGCAACGAGGUGACAGUUGUGAGGUGCCUUUGAGGAACUGAGCACUUCGGUGCAUGUAUUACGGGUAAAACUCCUUGGAAGGCAGUUGUGACUGAUUUUUAUUAUACAUGAUAAUUAUAAUAUUGCUGUACAGUCCUGUAUUACUAUAUUUACAUAUUGCAGCUUACAAUAACAGUGGAAGAGGGUGGAAGUUCAUGGACCGAGAGGGGUCCACGCAUUUCACUGAUCUAUGUUAUUAUUGUAGUACUGUUCUUUAAACUACAAAAAAUAUCAACAUAUCCCGGGUUAUUUUAUCGUGAAGUAUUUGAAGUUUAAAUGUAUUGUUUUAUGUUUUUAUUAUCAUUAUUAUGAUUAUGUUGAGUUUUUAUCCUAUUGUGAGUUGCUGGCCACAGUACCGGGAUGGUCAGAUCUUGAGAUCUAGAAGCAGGAUAUGUACCACGUCCAAAUGCGAGUUUUGAUACAGUGCCUAUGUUUUAUAUCAUACUGUUAUGGAUUGUAAGGCCUACCUCAGAUGAAUGUUUUCUGGAGGAAACGAAUAAAAAUGUUGAUUGACAUACCCUUAAUAGCAACAGUGGCUAUUUGCAUUUAUGUAGGAGAUGCUGUAUGUCAACUGAGUCCAGUUUUAAAAUUAUAAGAAGUAAUUUAUCAAUUUAUGUACAAUGAAAUGGUUCAGAAAGACAAAUUCUGAGGGCUAACACUUUCUCUCCUAUUGUCAUGUGUAUACAAGUACUGGACAAGAAGCUGAGCACUGCAUAGGAGGGUAAGGGUUAACCAAGAAAUUCCUAUUCAUAACAUACUGUACAUUUAAAUAUUUCAAACAUUUUCAUGAAUUAUUAUAUUAAGAUUUAUUGAAGGUGUACCCUUGUUCAUUCUUUGCUACAUAAGCAACAUUUGGUGUCAUAUAUUGGACUUAGUAGAAUUUCAACAGGGCUGUAAGAUACCUAUUCAUUGGUGUUGGAUUUGUAUAAAUUCUCUACAGUGUGUAAGUAUUAUCAAAAUAUAGUUGCAUGUUAUGAUAAUGAUGUGUAAAUGUGAUGUGGAUCAUUUAAUUAUUAUUUCUUUUUUUUUCAUUUAUUUUCAUAAUAAAAAUCUUGUGGUUCUUCAAUUAAUUAUACAUCAUUAUAUGACAUUUGUUAAGCAGAAGUUAAUUUCUUUGUAAAUAAUUCUAAUUUAGUUUAAUUAUUUAUUUUUGGAAGCAAAAGUGUACUUGGUUAGAUGAUCCUCAGUACUUCCAUUUUUUCAUGGUAAAGCUAACUGGUCUUCUUCAGCAUACACCAUAGACGACACCAUAGACUUGCUUGGUAUAAGUCAAGUUGAAUUAAAGGCAGCAAAGGCAAAUGUUGUAGAAACCUGCAAAAAGUCAAAACAAGUUGAAAAGAAAAUAGAUGUACAGAAGUUGAUUUCAUUAAAUAUGCUCUUAGUUAAUGUAAAGUCUGCAGAAGAAAAAGUGGAACAAUGCACAUUAUGUGCCUGUCAUUUUCAAAAAUUGGGCUGGGGUUGUCAUGUUUUUAAGUUCACAGGUGGCAGCACUGUUGGUGCAAACUAAAUAUCCUGGCAAGCAGCACAUGCUGGGAAGAAUUAAGCAUGUUCUAUUUGGGGAAAGCUUUGUCACUUGGUUAAGAGAUAAUGGUAUUUUUGCACAUUUGAAAUAAUAAGGAAACUAGAUAGCCCAAUUAAGGAGCAGUUUGUGAACUUAAAAUUGAGAAUUAAGUCGUGGUUCUCGCAGAUACACUGGUUCCUAUAUUUUUUUAGAACAAGAUACA